UCUGCGCCGCUUCUGUGCAAAAGGCUUCCGCGUUGACUUUGAUGUGACGUCAUCAAAUCGCGACCGCUCUGUCUGUCAGCGCGGCGGCGUCUCUCGUGCGUUUACUAACCAGGCGGUGUGUGAUGGAGCGCGUGUGGAGACGGAGGACGCCGGCGUUCGUGAGGUCGUUACUGAUGGACGUCUCGCUGAAGGAGGACGAGCUGAGCGGUGGGACGGAACCUGAGCAGAUGAGUAAAGACGGGAUUUCACUUCCAGUGACGGCGGCGUGCGGCGCUGAUCUGACUCCGGCUGCUGAGGAAGAGGACACAUCUUCAUCCUCCUCCUCCUCCUCAUUACGGCCCUGUGGGCUGUGUCUCAGUAACCCGGCACGUUACACUUGUCCCCGCUGUAACGUCUCUUACUGUGCACUGUCCUGUUACCGCGGCUCGGCUCACACGGCGUGUUCAGAGCAGUUUUAUAAAGACUGUGUGUCUCAGGAGCUGAGGCAGCGUGGCAGGGCGGCGCACGAGGACAGGAUUCACAUGAGAGACAUCCUGCUGAGGAUGCGGCGGGCGGAGGGGGGGCUGGGCGGAGUCAUGAGGGAGCUGAUGGAGAACAGCGGAGGACAAGUGACUGAGAGGGACACGGAGACGCUAACGCUGCUGUCCAGACUAGCCGAGAUUCAGACGGACAGAGAAGAAGGACACGAGGACGAGGUGCAGGACAUCCUACAGAGACUCGCGCAGACAGACGCUGAGGAAGAGGAAGGUGAGGAAGAGGAGGAUGUAGUGACGAAGCUGUCGGGACUAAAUAUCGAGUCUCUGACUGAAGACGAGCUGUGGACGCUCCUGCCGGAGAAGGACAAGCAGAAGUUUGAGCGGCUGCUAAAGGACGGCGGGAUCAGCGCUCUCGUUCCAAUAUGGCGGCCGUGGUGGGAGGAGCAUGAGCGAGACCGUGUGGUGCUGAUCGAGGAGCUCCAGCGGGAGGGACGUGAAGAAACGAGCAGCGUGGAGGAAGAAGAGAGCAGAGACGUCCAGGACUUGGAUACGGCAUCAGAACAUCCAUCACCACUGAAACAGGAAGUUAAGAAGCAGAAGGUAAAAAUGGAAGGAAGCAGAGACGCUCCUCCUCCAAUCAGCUGUGAAAUCCCGCCCCUGUCCUCUCUUUGCUCUGCCUCUCCGUCCCCGCUGGUGAAGUUCAGCCUGGUGAACGUGCUGUGCGGUUACGCCUUCACGCUCCGCCUCUUUAACGGAGACGUGUGGGAAACACAGCAGCUGCUGGAGUUCACUCGGCUCCUUCUGUCCGUGUCGGAGUGUUUGGGACGCAGCCGGACGUUCGGCUCGUUCUCCGAGGCUCUGAGCGCUGCGAUGGCGUCCAUCUCUGCAGAACUAUACGACUCGGACUCGGCUCUGAGCGCAGUGGAAGACGUGGCUCACAUCCUGAGCGGCGCGAGUAAGGACGAUAGAGCGGGAUACACACUCUCAGCACUCGCUCAGCUGCGCUCGGCGUUCGGCAAAGCGCGCACCGCAGCUCCCAGAGACCACGCCCACUUCAGGAGGAUGUGUUUCCUGGCAGGGAAGAAAUGCGAGUUCCUGCAGGCGUGGGCCAACGAGAACACACACACGCUGAGGGGUUUAGCCAGACGGGCGUGGUCAGAGUGUCAGAGACAGACAGGUGAGAGACAGGAGAUGGAGAGAGACAGGAAACAGAUGGAGGAGGGCUGGAAGAAGGGAAGAGCACGAGGAAAAGUCAUGAUCGAAGAGAUUUAAUUUAUUUUAAAAGUCACAGCAAUUUUCUUUUCAGUUUCUGAAAUUAUAAAAAAACAUACAGUAUAUUUUCUUAUAACAAUUAUAUAAAAUGACGUUUAUUUCCCUACACUCACACACACACACACACACACACACAGAGCUGUUUUCUUUUUGCAACAGUAAUAAACACAAACAUUCAUAUUCAUGUCCUUCUGCACUUGUUUAUUGUUCUUGUUUCUUGAGCUGUGUUUCAAAUAUUUCCCUUCACUGGAGAAUCAUGUGCACUACCUAGUACACUACUGUAGUGCACACUAGAGCAGAGUGUCCUCCUGACGUACAGCUGAGCGCCUGCAUGUGUUUAAAAUAUCCUAAUUUGUCUGAAAUUACAUUUUAUAAAUUAAAAUCUCUGAUCUUUACAUCAGU